AUGGCCAGCUGCUCGGUUCGGUUUGAGUUCUACUGUGGCGAGGCUCAAGAGCUCAAGUACACCCACGACCUUCCUCGCAGUCUUGUCAGCGAGGCUCAUGGUGCAGGGCAAAAUGCCCGGUAUAACGAUCUGUUUGUGGCUGCAGUACUGCCUUUCAUGAAGGAGCACGAGGCGGCGUGUCGUGCUGCUUCAAAUCCAUUUUGUGAAAACUGUGGGUUAUUUGCCAUGAACAUCUUGCAAAGCCCUAUGUCUUGGCUUCACAGGGCGGAGGAUCCAUUCGUUGGCAUUUGGGUCAGUCCCGUGUGUGGGAAAGGGGAGUGUGAGACGCGGAUACGGCAGGAAAUCCAGGACACAAUGUGUGAAAUUGCUCAAGAGGGUCCGCACCGAAGGUUGAGUACUUGUAUGGAAAUUUUGCCAUGCAAAACGAAAAUCGAGGUUGGAACGGAUGAUGCUUAUGUCAUGCGGCUCUCAGCCUAUCAGCUGCCGUCAGAUUUCUGGCGAUGA